AUGCGGGCCACUCUUGUCUCAGCACUCUUGUCCAUCUCCUCUUUGGCGUCUGGCCUGGAAUGGUCGGACAACCAUGAGGGGGACUUCUCUACUGAGAAGUUCGCAGACGACAACAUCGCAGCUGCUCUUCGAAACCGCCGUGUCUGGAACCGGCCAAUCAAGAGGCAGUCGGGCUGGAGCCCGCCGUCUGACAUUGCCACCCCUCUUCAGGAAGUCUGGGAUCACUGCACCAGUACCUACUCAAACUUUUAUGGCUUCAAAAACUAUGGCUGGGACCAGCUCAUGGCCACAGAUGGAAAAAUCAACAUGUGUGUCCGUUGGGAAUCUAGUGCAUCAGUAACCGAGACCCAGCGAACCCAGAUCGCGACAGCCCUCAACACCCAGUACCAACAAUGGUUUGAAUGGCUUUAUGGCUACGAUAACUUCCCCUUCUCCAAAAUCGAGGUCAAUGUUGUCGGCUGGGCCGUCUCAGACGCCUCCAAGCUGGAGGGCUCGACCGAUGGUAUCGAAGUUUAUACCGAUAAGGAUGCCGAUGGGAUCCCUCAGUGCGCAGAGGCUUGCGGCAGGUUUUUCAACCAGGACGGCGACUACAGCGGGUGUGCAGCGGGCGCAGACAAGCACUACGACCAGUCUCUGUGGCUUACUGAGGGUAUGGGCGGCGGUGCUGGCGGUGACUGGGGCCAGAGAAUCGGAAGCGAGUAUAUGAUCAAUGCCCUUGGCUCUGAUAGCGUCCAUAUCCUGCUUCACGAGAUGGGCCACACCUUUGGGCUGGAUGACUUCUACGACUGGACCCCCACUGGAGUCUCCAGCUUCGUGAUGCUUGCUGGUUCCGCGACAACUAUCACCGACUUCGAUGGCUGGAUGCUUCGAAACUGGUGGUAUGAGCUCUCCCGCAACCGUGGAUGGCAAUCCGGCUCCGGCUCCAGCUCGAGCACUGCCUCUUCCGCCCCGGCCGCAACCGCUACGGCUACCUCGAACCCAACUUCAGCAGUUCAAACCCCAGGCACGACUUCGGCCGCCUCCCCGGAUACCACCUCCAUUGCCUCUCCGGAUACUACAUCGGCCGCCUUGCCUGAUGCUACCUCCACCGCCCGCACACGCACACGCACGCGCACACGCACGACACCUGCUGCCUCGAACUCCAUCAUCCCGGAAGCCACCUCCAGUGCUAACGCCCAGCCAACUGGCGUGCAAUCGACUCCUGGUAGCGGAUCGAGGCCUACGUCUGGAGUGGAGCGACCAUCGUGCGGAAAGAGUCGCAGGGGCUUCAACGCUUGA